CUAGUCUUAGCAGUUCAAACGAUAAAUAUACAUAUAUAUUUCGUAAUCUUAAUAUAACUGAUAAACCUUAUACGAAGGCUGAAUGUAAGCUGAUUAUAAGCUUUUAGACUACUUGCGUCGGAAUAUUAUUUGUCUACGAAUUUGUUAGACGUCACUCAGGGAAAAAAACGGAAAUUAUUUAUAUUACUAAUAAUUAUGCAAAGUCCUCAUUCGUUUACUUUCCUUCAAUAAUAUCUUACGCGAAGUGAAGUUAUUGCAUAAGUAGUUGGACACUGAUUGUGAGAUGUGAUUCACUAUCGAGACAUUUAUCUUACUAGAGGCGGGUUUCAGCAAUAUUGGCUAAUCUCAACAGUUAACCUUUAUUUAACUUUGAUGUAUCCCGCUCUAGAUUAGAGAUUUAACAUGGCGCGUCUCCUUUUGAUUGGUCAGGAUUGCGUCGACACGUUCAAAGUGAAGAGAGCGUCGAAUCGACCGCGUUUCGCGUUAGUUGCCGGCUGUCACAUGCCAGUACUCCCGUCAACGCCGACGGUGUAUUGUGUUUGGGUAGCUGCUGUGCGGUUGAAACAUCAUGUACCAUGAAAGAUCGAGAAGUGAACGCAGGGAUCAUUGCAGUCAAUCAGUAAUCGAAUAAUUAGAUGAAUGGUGAUGGUGCAUUAUAAUAAAAGAGGUGAAAGGUUGAAUUAAGCGUAAAAGCUACCUUGGAAGAUUUUGUGUGAACUGCGGGGCUACAGGGAGACGCGAUCAGUGUCGAUGGGACGCGUUAGGAUUUUAGGACUAAACGUCAAAUCAGAUAUCGCAUCCUGGAAUAGGAUUUGCAGAGCUUGUGAAUGUGGUACGAGCAGCAUCGUCGGGGAGAAGAUAACCUAUGGACUGAUCUCACCACUGAGUCUGAAUGGCUUCUACGAGAACGUAGAAUUAGCCGUAACAUUGGCAGUAAUGCCAAGACUACAGAAUCCUUCGGGCCGGUUGAAAGGUCUCGAAUUCAGGAAGCUAGAGGAAUAAAGAGCGAGGACACGUAGCAAUUUGGGAGUCUCCAAAGAAAAUGAGUUCUAGGGUGUACACCCUCUAUGGGUUUGCAAUAUUCUUCAUGAUAUUCUGGUCGGGCAUGUGGAUUGUUCAUGUUCUCGCUCUGAUUGCUGGACGUUGGAAGCUUCAUAGGAAGGUGACGCAAGUACCGACCUACGAGAUUCCACUACCUGGAGUAUCCAUCAUGAAACCUCUCAUGGGAGUUGAUCCAAACAUAUUUAGUAAUCUGGAGACAUUCUUCACUAUGAAUUAUCCUGUGUAUGAACUUUUAUUCUGUGUCGAGGAUGAUUCUGAUCCUGUUCUCAUGCUUGUACAUAAACUUAUGGAGACAUAUCCUCUCGUGGAUGCAAGAUUAUUUGUAGGAGGAUCCCACGUUGGAGUUAAUCCUAAAAUAAAUAAUAUGUAUCCUGCUUACGAGGCUGCUAAGUAUGAACUUGUUAUGAUCAGUGAUAGUGGGAUUAGAAUGAAAGAAGAUACUUUGUUAGACAUGGUGAAUUGUAUGACUGACAAGGUUGCAUUGGUACAUCAGAUGCCAUUUACUUGUGACAGAGAAGGCUUUGCUGCGGCCUAUGAGAAAAUCUUCUUUGGUACGGUACAGUCACGGAUGUACUUAGCUGCAGAUUUGCUCAGAAUAAAUUGCCACACGGGAAUGUCAGCCCUUUUAAGAAAAGCUCCGUUGGAUGAAGUUGGAGGUCUCAAGACUUUUGGAGUAUACCUAGCAGAGGAUUUCUUUUAUGCCAAGUCCUUGACCGACAGAGGUUGGCGAAUUACAGUCUCAUCUCAACCAGCUAUGCAGAACAGUGGUCACUGUGAGCUUCAUUCAUUCCAAGCAAGAUUAAGAAGAUGGGCCAAACUGAGAGUCGCAAUGCUCCCACUGACCAUUGUCCUGGAGCCCCUAAGCGAGUGUCUGGUAUUGGGUGCGUGUGCCUCCUGGGCAGCUAGUGUUCUUUUUGAAUGGGACUCCUUAGUGUUCUAUCUGGUACACAUACUCUUAUGGUUUAUGUUUGAUUGGACUCUAUUGUGUAUGGUACAAAAUGGUCCAUUGCCAUUUAAUAAACUUGAGUUUGUCUGUGGCUGGUUACUUUCUGAAACAAUGAGGCCAUACUUAUUUGCUCAGGCUGUUCUGGAUCCUUUAAUACAGUGGCGUUCUCGAGUGUACAAGUUAAGAUGGGGCGGUGUUGCAGAGGAAGUUAAGGCGAAAGUCAAAUAUUGAAGAAUAGUGUUCUUCUAGUUUAUACAAAGUCUAGCAAAAAAUAAUUGUACAUAUUUAAAUAUACGUACCAAUCGAUUUGUACGUAUAUCAAAUAUUACCAACAGUCGCAUACUGUCUCCGUACACGUGGUAUGUUCAAGUUAGUGCAAUACAAUACAAUACGAAAGAACUGUUCUACUUACAUAUAUUAAGUAUUACUAGAUUAAAUGUCGAUCUUAUUCGAAGAUCAAGCGAUCGACUGAUAAUUAUUUCGCUAAAAUCAAAUCCUGCGCCAAUGCAAUUUUGCGUAUUGCAAGAUCAUUCUUGCCAUCUCCAGAAAGAAGGAGAAGGGACAAAUGUACAAUAUAGCCUUUACGUUAAAACGCGACAAAAUCGUUUUAUCCUAUUGCAGCUAUGAGUUUGGCUCAAUGAUCCUUAAAGAAUCAAGUUAUCGGACGAGAAAAUAAGACUCGAUCGUGCGGACAAUUCGCAAAAGACAUAUCUAGCCUCUAGAUUUCUAUAAAUUCUUCUAGAUAGGUAUGACAUCUUAUUAUUCUUCCUCGUGAGUCGAAAAAGAAAUAGUUUUUAUUCAAUUCUCUACAUUUCUAAUUGCGAACUCAAAAAUUAACCUCUUUCACCUUUUCUCAUUUUAUGCAGCAUAAAUGCAUUAUCAUCCGCCUAUGACAAUGAACCUCACGAUCGUAUUUAACCACGGUCCACGGAAUUAAGAGUAAUUGCAAGAAAGAAAGGAAACAAUGAAACUACAUAAAACUAACGCGACCAGAUAUAAAUAGAUUUAAAAUACAUCUUACGUACAUAAUAUAAUGUGCUUCUCUAACAAUUAUCAUUUUUGUAACAAAUGCUCAAAGAAUACCCCGUAAGUAAUGUGCCGCUAGAGGGCAGCUUGAAAUAUUAAUUUUUUGGCCAAAUGACUAUAAAAUUACCUAAAAAUUGAUGAUGGUGACGUCGUAGACAUCUAAAAUAUUUUCAAGAAAAGGGAAACCUAUUAAAAAAUAUUUAUUUAAGCAGGUUAACAGUUGCAUCUUUUGUAGAAAGAAAAGGGUCAAACGGCAUUUUCUUUGAACUUUGUUAUAAAAACUGUUGUAUCUAGCUAUUAACGAAUGCGUAUAAGACUCGCGUGAUUGGUGCAUUCGCCUGACGGUUCGUGUACCAAACUUCACAUUCGUGUAUUAUGAUCAUUCGUACUAGAUAGAUAAAAUACUAUUGUAUCUAUUUGCGACGAUUAGAAAAUGGCUCGUCACAAUUGUUUUUUCUAUAUUGCAUUUACACAGAAAACUAGCGCCUUUUACACCAAAUUCUCUCCUGCGAUCCUCAUUUACGCCUUGUUAGUUAAUUAUUACGUAUACGCUCGCUAUCCGAGAGCAAAGAACACUCGAGCAUUUUACAUAAAUAUCUAUAAAACGAAAUCUACAAAUCGAAAUUUUCUUUACUUCUUUGUCAUAUUUUUUUUUCUGCGAAAGAUCAAUGAGCAAAAAAACUACUUCGCGCUUAAUGACUCGUCACAAAGUGCCCUUAAAGGUCGUAUCAUCCUCGAAUUGGAAAUUCCGAAUUUAUAAUCGACAGUAAUUCUCUAUCCAGGGGUUCGAUACGAAACAAUCAGCGUGAAAAAUACGCGACCAGACUUAAAUCGUAUUACCUACUGUCUUACCUAUUUAAAUUAAGUGCGAAUCCUGUGAAAUUGCUCGAGUCUGCAUAUCCUCGAGAUCGAAAGAAAUCGAGAGGUAAAAUGAAAAAAAAAAAAGAAUUACAAGAAAACCACCGUCGUUCAUUCCGAUUCUAUUUAUCAUUAAUCUAAUUACGUUCGAUCCUGCCAAUCGCUAAGAAUGAGAUAAAGAAAAA